UGUGUUUGUGUUUGUUUGCUCACGGAGCCUCGUACUGCCCACGUAAUGAUGAAAGAUAGAAGAAGGGAGGCGUAGAAGUAGAGAGGCUACCUGUUACCAGCGGUUAAAGGACCUCGAUCAAAAUGAGUCAGUGGCAGCAGGUCUACCAGCUACAAGGAAGCUGGCAAGAGCAGGUCAGCAGCUUGUAUAAUGACAGCUUUCCUAUGGAGAUUCGCCAAGCGCUGGCCGCCUGGAUUGAAGAACAAGACUGGGAUGUAGCCUUGACCCAGGAAUCGGUGGCAGCCACCCUACUCAGCUUCCUUCUGGCCCAGGUGGAGCAGCUCUGUUCUCAAGAGCAGGACUUCUUACAGAGACACAACUUCAAGCGGAUCCUGCAGCAGAUGCAGGGGAAAUUCCAGGCCAGUCCAUUGCAUAUGGUCAACAUGAUCACCUGCUGCCUCAGAGAGGAGAGGCGGAUCCUCUGCGCUGCUAACAUGUCACCGCAGCAGGUGCCAGCUGAGGAGCCCGUCGAGAACAUGGUCAUCUCCGAAAGGCAGAAAGACAUAGACUGCAAAGUGGUGGCCAUCAGUACUGCAGUACAGGAGAUCGAUCAGGUUGUGAAGCAACUGCAGAACAUGCAGGAAGACUUUGAAUAUCGAUAUAAAAUGAUAAAGUCUCGAGUUGCAGAACAAGGUAAAGCAGGAGUGGAGAAGUGGGAAGUCGAUAUGCUUCAAUAUGCGCUCAGUGUACUCGACGAGAAAAGAAAGGAGAUCAUGUCCAGGGUGACAAGCGCCGUCAUGGAGAUCGGGACGCUGAUGACCUCCCAGUUGGCCCCUGAGCUUGCGGCCUGGAAGCGCAGACAGCAGCUCGCCUGCCUCGGUGGGCCGCAGCUGACCGGGGAGGAGCGACUGCAGUGCUGGUUCACGUUUACGCUGCAGAGCCUGUUUCUCCUCAAGCGGCAGCUGGACAGACUGGAGCAGCUGAUCCAGAAAGUGACCUAUGGGAACGACCCCAUCCCUCAUCAGAAACCCCAGCUGGACGAGCAGGUCAAGCAGCUGAUCUGCAGCCUCAUCAAAAGCUCCUUCGUGGUGGAGAAUCAGCCCUGCAUGCACUCCCAGCCCCAGAAGCCUCUGGUCAUAAAGGUUGGGGUUCACUUUGCCGCCAAGGUCAGGUUUCUGCUUAGGCUACCAGAAGUGGACUAUCAGCUAAAAGUUAUAACAACGUUUGACAAAGACAUCCCUGAAGAUAUGCUGAAUCGGCGGUUCGUUAUAACAAACAAACCCAAGGUGAUGGAUGUGGAGCCUGUGAAUGGCUGCCUUGCCGUGGACUUCAGGCACAUGCAACUUAAAGACCCCAGUACCCACGGAGCCAGGAAUGCUGAGGGCUCCAUCCCAGUGACCGAGGAGCUCCAUACCCUCAGCUUUGAGGCCCAGCUCUGUCUGCAGGGCCUCAGCAUCAACCUGGAGACCUGCUCCUUGCCCUUGGUGGUGAUCUCCAACAGCUGCCAGUUACCCAGUGGCUGGGCCUCGGUCAUGUGGUACAACCUGCUGACAGACGAGCAGAGGAAGCUGGGGUUCUUCAGUGACCCGCCAUGUGCCAGCUGGUGCCAGCUAUCUGAAGCCCUGAACUGGCAGCUGAACACCAACACAGGCCGCAGCCUCAGUGUGGAGCAGCUGGAUAUGCUGCAUGACAAGCUUCUGGGCCCUCAUGCCCUCCAUGGUGAUUGCCAAGUGUCCUGGUCCAUGUUCCACAAGGAUAACCUCCCUGGGAAGUCCUUCAGCUUCUGGGAAUGGCUGGACUCCAUCGUGGAGCUCAUUAAGAAAUACUUGCAUGCCAUUUGGAUUGAUGGGUGCAUUAUGGGAUUUGUGAGCAAGGACCGUGAGUUGGCCCUGCUGAAGGACAAGGAGCCAGGCACCUUCCUGCUGCGCUUCAGCGAGAGCCACCUGGGUGGGAUCACCUUCACAUGGGUGGAGCCAGGCCAGAAUGGUGAAGCAAAACUGAAUUCAAUUGAGCCUUUUACUAAGAGUAUCCUAAGCAUGCGACCUUUUGCUGACAUCAUCCAUGACUACAAGCUGGUCGCUGAUGGGGCUAUUCCUGAAAACCCACUGAAGUUCCUCUACCCAGACAUCCCCAGAGAUGAAGCUUUUGGGAACCAUUACAUCCAUCUACAGAAAAAAGCAUUGCCAUAUAUAUCUAUUCACUUUGUCCCUAUCUCCACAUGGCAGCCUUACGCUGUUCCAGCCCCAGGCAACGCAUUCCCCUGGAUGUGUAACUCGCCCUGCAGCCCGUUCGCAGAACUUGGAGCCCUUUUGAAUGCUGAAACUUGGGAAGAUGCUGCAGACUUUACUGGGAAUUAAUCCUCUCAGCCUUUUUCAAAUGGAGAGUUCAGAAUUGAAAACACACCUCCUCAGUAUAUCAUGUUUACAUUGAAAUCUUUUUAUCAAAUGUCUCUUUGUGCCAUUGUUAGUUAAUACCAUAAUCAAGAAGUAAUAAACAUGUGUAAUCAGUCAUUUAAUAAUA